AUGUUGGACAAUUCCGGGUCCGUGUUGCCGUUGGCGGUGGUGGAAGAGGUCGACGACGGCUCCGAACCGCGCAUCGACGUGUUGGCGUCCGUCUUGGCCAUCCGCAUCUUACUCGCGCAGAAUGGGCUCGGUGAUGGGCAAGUUCUGUGCCAGCCGAUCCUCCACCACCUUGUGCAUGGCGCGGUUGAUGGGCUCGUAUUUGAACGACAACUUGCGUUUGGAGCUGCGCAUGGACUUGGACGUGGCAGAGUCGGCCUGGUGGGCCUCGCGGUAGCGCAAUCGCAGCUCGGCCUCGUUCUUGAGCCACUCGGAGAAGCUGGACGUGGAAAUGGAGAACUGAUCGCGGAAAAAGUCCACGGUCUCGCUCUGAGGGCGCUUGGAGUUGUGGAAAUGAUCGAUGAUCAUGAUCUUCUGCUCCAAAUUCGCCCGUGGAAGCUUAUCUUUCCCAACAGAAGGCAUGUUUACUCGAUAGCCCUGUGUAAUCUGGAACUUCUUACCCCCAAAAAAUACGGUCCUGAAAAAACAGGCCUUUUGGAUCGGCCGGGUAACACAGAUAACGAAGUUAAACUAUACAUCUGGUUUACACUAAUGAGAGCCUGCUGCUCUGGAGACCUUGUCAAGAACGCUCUCAUAAGCGACCUCGCUGAAGUCUGUUCCCUGGAUGUCGGUGGAAACACCGUUCAAGGCUCUUCUAAGAGCGUCCUUGGAGGCAGCGUACACCAUCUUGGCCUUGACCUUGGCGGUGUCUGGGGCCCAUUGGUAAAAGACAAUCUUGUUUCUCUUACCUUCGCCCUUGCCGAUCUCGUACUCAAAGUCGUAAACGGCGUAUUUACAGUCGUUUUCUGGCAGGUUCUCCAAGAACGAGUCGUAAGAGUCGUCGGUGGAGGUGGAGUCGACAACAAUUUCGGUGUUGGCGUCGUUCAACUUGUAGAUGAUGAAUUUGUACUUCUUGCCGAGCUUGAGGUCGUUGAAAGCCUUCAAUGCUUCAUCGGAAACAGCAACACUAGAACGUUAGCAGUCUUUUGA